UUUCUUUUUCUCACCCCUGGCCACUCAAACGUCUGCUGGACAAAUCCUAUUAGAAGAAGAACUUUUUCUUGCCCAACAGUACCUUGACUGACCUACCAAUAAGCCCGCCGCAUCUUUUAGGGACAACACUAGGCUCACUGCAACCACAUCCAUACACACAAACACACACACACACACGAAACAAGCCGUUGGUUCAUUGUCUGCUUCUACCACCACGGGGAAACGCCUUUUCUUUUCUUUGCUCAUUUCCCUCGCGCCUCGACUCAAGUAACCAUCACCGUACAUCCUACACCUGAUCCGACCUCACCUUACUCAGAAUACCGCCACGUAACUUAGCACAUCCACUAUAGCCAGUAGGUACCUGUACCUCAGCCAUCCACCCUCGUCAUCCCCCCAGCCGGCCACUACCGCUUCCGCGCGCGCGCUGUGCCUUCAUCGCCUGCCUGCGGAUCCCUUCCCCAUUCCCACCCCCAUAACACUAAAACUCUCUUUCCCCCUACCUCUCUCGUUCGUCCACCUGAAGUAGCUUGGAGCCACACUCCUCCCGGAUGACCUCCUGCUUCUUCUUGCCUUCUCUCUCCUUCUUUUACAUUUUCAACCCCUCAUGUCCUCAUCCAUCCCUCUCGCAAACCUAUCGCCCUCGUCGAGGCCUUCGUACUACAAAAUGCCCGAGUCACCAGCGCCCUACAACAGGCGCUCUGCACGUCCGCGCCGCGGUCACUGGACGCCCUCCUUGAUCGGUUCCUACGUCUUCGAUUGGUUCAUCCUCGCCGUCGUCGGAGCCAUUGCAACUGUUCUGGGUUUUGUCGAGCCGAACAAGCGUCCGUUUUCUGUUCUCGACCCCAACAUCUCCUUUCCCUUCACCGAACAUGAGACGGUCCCCAUGUGGAUGGCCGGCGUCAUCGCAGUCGCCCUCCCCAUCAUUAUUAUCGCCGUUGUAUGCCUCGUUCUCGUUCCCGGAAAUACCGUUCCCAAGGGAACCCCGAAGUCGCUCAUCUGGAAGCGUAAGCUAUGGGAGUUGCAUGUUGGUUACCUCGGUCUCGCUCUUGCCCAUGUCGGCGCCUUCUUCAUCACGAACGGCAUGAAGAACAUGUUUGGAAAGCCUAGGCCCGACCUCUUGUCGCGAUGCCAGCCCGACUUGGACCACAUCCAGGACUACAUCAUUGGCGGCACCUUCGCCAACAUUACCGGCUUGACCGGCGCGACUGGAUUUGGUCAGCUUGUGUCUGCCAAUAUUUGCAAGAAUACCGACUCGCACACACUUGAUGACGGCUUUCGCAGUUAUCCGUCCGGCCAUUCGAGCUCUGCCGCCGCUGGCUUGAUCUACCUGUCUCUCUUCCUAGCAAGCAAGUUUGCCGUCACCAUGCCUUUUGUGGCUUCUGACAACGGCGCCGAGUCUCACUCGGCAUUCCCCUCCCGUCUGCAAAAGUCUGGCGCCAGCUAUGAGGAAGUACGGUCUGGCGAAAGUGGCUCUUUGAACCCUGACUCGGCAGGCACUGCCAGGAACUUGGCCGAGCACAACAAGAUUGUUACUGCUGUCCGUCGUCAAGCCGCUGCCCCACCUCUCUACCUCUUGACCAUCGUGGUGCUCCCAUGGUUCGCAUCCGUCUUUAUUGCUGGCUCUCGCUGGUUUGACUUCCGCCAUCACGGUUUCGAUAUUCUCUUUGGCUACCUGAUCGGCAUCUUUACUUCCAUUUUCGCGUUCCGUUACUACCACCUCCCCAUCCGCCAGGGUGCUGGCUGGGCUUGGGGCCCUCGAAGCCACGACAAGGCAUGGUGGUCUGGUGUAGGGUCAUAUAGCUAUGCGACAGAGAAGGGCGACUUUGUCAGGGCAGGGGACGAGGAGGAAGCAUACAUGGCCAGGCCAGUUGUAGGCCAAGCAUCUUCGACCCAGUAUAUCAGCAAGGCUGGCUCUCAUGAAGGGCCGGAACCUGAAAAUCGCUUCUAAUGGGUUACGGUGGCACCCAUUUCACUUUUUUUUUUUUUUUUUUUGCAUUAGGCAUGUCGGACAUUGGAGUUUUACGGUAUACCACCCGCCUUGAAAAAAAAAAGGCUUGGCGGCUUAGGGCAAUUUGUUACUUUUCGGGGGCUAGGCAUGGCAUGCAGAUACGAACGUUAUGGAAUAGAACUUGUGGCUAUGACAAAUUUUUAUACCCUGUUCUAAAUAAUUAUUACUGCCAAUUGCACCAGAGUCGCCUU